CCAGAAAGGAAACUGUGAGGUAAAUAGCAGCCUCUUAGACAAAGUACACAUGGCAAUAUUAUUCGCCACACACCUCACACGCGUCAAGGAAGUGUAUGACCUGAAACCAGAAUAACAAAGACUAUGGUUUAAUCGAAAUUCUGCAGCUGUGAAGAUCAGAGAGAUGCACAGAGGGAUUGUGAGUGUGUGUCUGAGCAGCUCACCGACCUGUCAACAGCGCAGCAUUUCUGGAAUCUGAGAACAAUGUUGGUGAGAAGGAGUGUAAGGGUUAAGAGGGGUGAGAUUGCAUGCAGGGGAGGGAACACACAAGGAGCCGCAGCUCCUGAGAGCUUCUGUUCUGAGUAAUGCUUGAGCCAGAGGAAUGAGGCAUGCUGCCGGGAGCCUGAUGUGGUGGGAAAGGCAACUGCAGAUCAAAGACUGGACUUGUGAACCCUGACCAGAUUAUUUCUAAGAAAGGAUUGUCUGCAGCACCAAGAUUAUACUUGGGCAGCUCGUGCACACAUGGAAAUAUUGUGAGUUUUUGCAGGAGGGAUGAAUGAAAUCACUUUAACUAGAUCAAAAGGUGACAUGAGCUGGCCUGGGUUUGUCUUGUCAUCACACAACAGGAGUCAGUAACUUUGAUAGGUAGCACUUAUUCCCAGAGACGCACAAGGCUGCAGUCAUGUCAAACUCGCAAGAGCAGAGCCUUGAUGAGAAUGCAGUGUUCCUGCCGGUGAAAGAGUCCUCCCCGGAAUUCCUCCACUGUGAGAAGGAGCGUCAGGCGGUGGAGAGACUCCUCGACGCAGGACCAGAGGCCUUCUACAGCUCCAUAGGCACAGAGCGCUCCGGCUGCUUCCUGUCCUCUGAAGAGGUCAGCCAGAUCACCAGCUGGGCUCAGGACUACCAUCUGAACCCUGUACAGGUGCAAAGACAGGAGAAUGGAGAGGACAGCAGCUCAGAGAUGGAGGACUUCGGUUCCACCUACUUCCCUUCCCAUUCAGACACACCAGCCCCGGACCUGGAGCUGGGCUGGCCUGAGAAAAGCCCAUGGGUGCCAAAGGGAAGCGUGACAGUCCACGCCAGUCCUCCUGCAGAGGGGGAACCUCCUGUCAGACAGAUCAUCAGGCAGCACCUGCAGAAGGCUGGACAAGUUAUUGCCAUUGUGACAGACAGACUGACAGAUGGCGCAAUCAUCGGCGACUUACACAACGCUGCCUCCCGGGGUGUCCCUGUCUACAUCAUCCUGAAUCAAAGGUCCAUUCAAGAGAGCUUCACGCUCAACAGGCUCAGGCAUCCGAACAUGCAGGUCCGUGUUCUUGGAGGGAAAACCUUCUGUUCGAGGACAGGAAGGAUGGUGGUCGGGGAAAUGAAAGACAAGUUCCUUCUGGUGGAUUUAGAGACAGUGAUUCAUGGCAGCUACAGUUUCACAUGGACAGACGCCCACCUGCACCGGCAGCUGAUCACCGUUCUACGCGGCCCAGUUGUUGACUCAUUCGACAGGGAGUUCAGGAUCCUUUUUGCUGCUUCGCUCCCCGUCCCAGACACGUGGAGGACUGCGGGUAGUCACGUAGACGUGAUUCAUCAGCUGAGAGACCAUACAGAUCUCAUUUUUCACAAACAUCAUCAUUUGGAUCCUGAGAUUACCACCCCUCCAUCCCCACCUGCUGACUCCCUCCUGGACUGGGAAGCCAUGGGGGUUAUCCAGAGAAACCAGUGUCUCCCGAGCAGUCCUCUCGGCCAACAUGAGGAAAUCAUGGUCAAGGAAAUGCCGCUGCAGAAUAAUAUGCUGUUUGAUAUAAACACACCCAUUAUGGACAGUUUUAAUAGAAAUGGAAACCAAGAUGUGGAUAAGAAAAGGGUAUAUGAACACUUCUCUCCAGUGACAAACAAUGUGCCAGAUAAAUCAACACCUUUCAACAACACACAGCCCUCACCAACAGACCCGACAACGCCAGAAAAACUGAACACAUUUAAUGAAUACAACAGGGUGGAACGCAUCAUAAAUAAAGCCUUUUCCAGACAGCUCUCCAUAGAGAAGAACACCAAUUUAGAUGACAGCACAACUAGACUUGAUGAUAAAGCAACAGAGCCGGUGCACAACAUGAUCAUACUCUCCUCUUCUAAGAGAAAAGAGCGCUCAAGGAGGGAGGCCACACUGCCAGAAGAGAGCAGCAUAAAUGAAAUUACCUCCAAAGUGGAGAACACACCAUCUUCUCGAAAACCCAUCAUCCUGAGGGUGCCGCAGUCUGAGAGCUUCAGCUCUCUGAGUGACAUCAUGAAGAGGAUUCAGCCUCAGCAGAGCACUCCAGGGCUGCUGAAGAGAGGAUCAAAAGCUGCUGUGUCAGAAAUGAGCCAGUCCAUGAUGGACCUGAGCGUACACAAUGCAGAUGAUGACAGAGGAGUCCCCGUACCGAGGCUCAAGGCCAGUUGCUUUGACCCGGAUAAUAUGACGCCUGCCCUCACCCUGAUGAAGAAGAGGAACGAUGGGAUGAAACCUUUAUUAUACAGAACGCCAAAAAACUUUCUGCCCAGAGAGAGGCCUCGAAGCUCCAGUUAUGCACUCAAUUUGGACUGGAGGAGGUCACUGGCAGAGACUGAAGGUGAACAGGAAUGAGGAGCGAGGAAGGAAAUACAUGAGGAGCCUAAAAUGUUCUGUGAUAACAUUUUUUGUCACUGAGGAAAGGCAGCUGCCAGCAGCGGAUCGUUACGACCUCUGCAGUGUUAAUGAAGUAACCCAAAACUGCUGUGACUCUGAAAAAAAAAUAGGAAGCACACCAGUUCUACCUGUUGAUCUGAUGUCCCACUGAAUUUGAUUAUUAUAUGUUAUACUAUUUGAUGCACUGCUUUACUUUAUAAUAUGUUAAAAUGAAUAAAAUUGUUCUGUUAAUGCUACUCUCCAUGAAUAGUAUCACCUAUUCAACCAGGAUAGCUACUGAGAUAGAGGAAGAAAUUAAAUGAAUAAUUCAGGUAAAUAAAUAGAAAAUAAUUUUAAUAACAAAUAAAUACAAUAACUACAAAUUUACCAAACCUUCAGGAGUGGCAAGAGAUUUACAUUUGUGCCAAAACAGAUAUGAAACAGAUGUUCUCAAUUAUUUUCCUAGAUGUUUGUUUUUGUUUUGUGAAUGUGCAAGCCAGGAAAUAAAAGAAUUUUUAAAUGUC